AUGGACUUUGCAGUAACAACGUCUACAGAUGCAACGACAGUACUGAGGAUGUUGAGAGAAAACAAGUUUGACCUUGUGAUCAGUGAACUACACAUGCCUGAAAUUGAAGGACUUAAGCUGCUUAAGCUCAUGCAACCUAUGGACAUACCUGUUAUAUUGUUCUCCAUUGAUUAUGACAGAAAGUUGGCGAUGGAAGCAGUUACUCUGGGAGCAUGUGAUUAUUUGCAGAAACCAAUUAGAAUGGAAGAGCUGCAGAAUAUUUGGCAGCAUGUAUUCAAAAAGAAGAUUAAUUCUAAGAAGCAGGAAGAAAAUGAGGAUGACGACUAUAAAGAGCUUGGUCAUAACAAGGAGCACAAAGCAAUCCAAAAGAAGCAUCGGGUUAUUUGGACGGAGGAGCUGCACCAGAGUUUUUUGGCCGCUGUUAAUCAGUUAGGAGGUGUUGACAAGGCUGUAACUAAACAAGUUCUUCAAGUGAUGAAGGUUGAGGAGCUUACUAGGGCGAAUGUGGCCAGCCAUCUUCAGAAGUAUAGAAAAAGUCUGAACAAAAUCAGCUCUAAGCCAACUCAACAAGUUAAUAACGUCAGUGCUUUUAGAUCUUCUUCACCUGGUGGGAUGAUUAGAAGAUUGGACACUCCUGCUGUUGUGCCAGAGUUGCCUUCUUCUGCAACUCUUCAAUUGGAUCAUGCACAGAACUUAAACAACUCAACCAAUGAUCAACGUAAUUUCCAAUCAGCCUUAGUUUAUGAUAAUCAAAAUAGUUUACUGGGAUUUCCAAUGUUUGGGGAGCUUGACCAACUGCUUUGGAAUGACAUGAGUUUUGCACCCUUGCAAGGAGGGAAUCUGAGUAGGAAUGAGGGUGUUGAACCUUUUAGGCAGGCUAUAAGGCCUCCUAAUAUAUAUGACAUGAGUUUUUCACCCUUGCAAGGAAGGAAUCUGAGUAGUGUUACAAAUGCUCCUGGGCAAACGAGUAAUAAUGUGCCUUUUCAGAGGUUGGAUGACCAAAGACAGGAUGGCAGUCAUCCUUAACAUCAUAUUGGUAGCUAAUAGACUCACUGGUUCCGUUGAAUAGUGUUGUUUAAUUCAAAAGUUCGUAGUCCAAUGAACUCAAUCUUUUUACUGAAACUUGAACUUCGAUUCUGACUUUGAUUUUUAUUGUCCUAUACAAAUGUUUGACUUGGAUU